AUGUUUAUCAAGUACGAGUCCGAGAGAGAUUUUCAAUUUGAUGGUCCACGUGACGUUCCUGGUCCUGGUGCUUACAGUCCAGAACUCAAAACAACUAGAUUAGCUCCAAUGAUUCAAGGAAAAUAUGAAUCUAAACCACCUGAGCCUCCUCUCAGCGGAGAAUUAAAACACACAUCAUGGGCGCCUCCAAAAAGGCCUACUUCUGAAUUCAAAUCCAGAUCAAAACGAAUUUCAGCUUUUGAUUCUGAUAAUGCAAUGACAAUUUCACCUGCUCCAACAUCAUAUCAAAAAACUGAACGAUCUACUUUAAAUAUUAAACCGAAAACAAUUGGUAAUUUUGGAUCUAGAGCAAAUCGAUUCCAUGAUCUUGAAGAAGAUGGUCCUGGUCCAGGAGUAUACGAAUCAAAGCCUGUAGAAUGGGUAAGUUCUCAGAGAACGUGCCGAAUACAUACUAAAACUCGUCAGCCGAAACGAGAUAUGAAUACACCCGGACCAGGUACAUAUAACAUUGCUCCUAAAUGGGAGAGUCGAAUAGAUCGUCCAAAAUCAUCCUUUGGUAGUGCUAGAAGGCUCGAAUGGACUGACAGGCAAGAUACACCCGGUCCAGGUUCUUAUUAUCUUGAUAGAUCAAUGCAGGUUCAUGGAAUAAAGAUGAGAGGAGUUAGAGCUGACUAUAACUCAAUCUUUAAUAUACCAACAAGAGAUAAUCCUGCACCUGGAACUUAUCACUCACCAAGUACUUUAAGUGCAAGAGGAUUCACGAUCUCGAGACAAGAAAGAUUUAGAGAAAAUGUAGAUGAUACUCCAGGACCAGGAUCAUAUGAUGUCACUGCUGGGCCUUUCAUUAAGAAGACAUACCAUGUUUAA